GCCCGUAUCUUAUGUUAGUGUAUAACCUAUAAUAAUGACAUUUAAUUAAAAGACUUGUUUACUUUCUGGGGCCUUCAAAAAUUGCUCGUGAUUUAGCAAAUUCCAUGUGAGCAAUAUUUGGAGCGCGAUGUCCACGUUGAAACCAGGCGGUCAAGGAGGCCGUAAAAAAGUUUCCAUGGUGAUUUGUGAAGCUGAGGAAAAAAGACACAGGUCUGGUGUCAAUGCAUUGCAAGUGGAUCCAAUGCUGGAUCGGCUGUAUUCAGCUGGUAGGGAUUCAAUUGUCAGGGUGUAUGAGCAUGAGAGGUAUCACCAAAGUAUGGAACACCACACAGAUUGGGUCAAUGAUAUUGUCCUUUGCUGUGGUGGGAGGAACUUAAUUUCAGCUAGUUCAGACACAACUGUGAAAGUGUGGAAUGCUCAUAAAGGGUUCUGCAUGUCAACAUUAAGAACCCAUAAAGAUUAUGUGAAGGCAUUGGCAUAUGCUAAGGAUAGAGAACAGGUUGCUUCUGCUGGUUUGGACAAGUCCAUAUAUUUGUGGGAUGUCAAUACUUUGACUGCGCUAACAGCAAGCAAUAAUACAGUAACUACUUCUAGUCUUGGAGGAAACAAAGAAUCCAUUUAUAGUCUUGCAAUGAAUCCACCAGGAAGCGUAAUCGUCAGUGGUUCAACUGAGAAAGCUUUAAGAUUGUGGGAUCCUAGAAGUUGUGCAAAGUUGUUCAAACUUAAAGGACACACGGAUAAUGUUAAAGCGCUAGUUGUGUCACGUGAUGGAUGCCAUUGCAUUUCUGGCAGCAGUGAUUGCAGUAUUAAAGUUUGGAAUUUAGGUGCUCAAAGAUGUAUACAAACCAUCAAUGUGCACACCGAUUCUGUUUGGGCUUUAUUGGCGACUGAUAAUUUUGCUUACGUGAUCUCCGGCGGGCGAGACAAAAAAGUUAUCAUGACUGAACUUAAAAAUCCUGAAAACAGUAUAACCGUUUGCGUCGAGGAAGCGCCAAUUUUGAAAAUGUGCUUCACCGCGGAUCACUCGGCCAUUUGGGUGUCAACAUCUGAAUCGAAUAUUCGUUGCUGGAAAUUGCCGACAGAAAAACAUUUCAAGGGAGAAGCCAGUAUGCCAACAAAUCCAAUAUCCUUAAUACAGGGUGGUGCAGCUAUAAAGCUGGCUGUCGUUUUAAAUGACAAGAGGCACAUCUUAACAAAAGAUACUGAUAAUAACGUUGCUGUAUACGAUGUAUUGAGGGCAAGGAAAAUGGAAGAUCUAGGUCCCAUCAAUUUCCAAGAAGAAUUGAAAAAUAGAUUUAAAAUGGUUUAUGUUCCCAAUUGGUUUAAUUUUGAUCUUAAAACUGGGAUGUUAACCAUCCAUUUAGGUCAAGAUGAGGUCGAUUGUUUUUCAGCAUGGGUUUCCGCAAGGGAUGCAGGCGUAAAAGAUGAACCCGAUCAAAAAGUCAAUUACGGAAAACUAUUGUUACAAGCUUUGCUUGAACAUUGGAGGGGCGUAGAUCCUAAUAUUGAGCCAAAAAGUUAUUUCAGUGUUCCAGUUCAUACUCCGUUAAUUUUUAGUGAAGUAGGUGGAAGAACUUUGUAUCGUGUUUUGGUAGGCGAUACAAAGGGCGAAACAGAAACUGCUUUACUGAACGAAACGGUGCCCAGUUGGGUGACAUCCAGUUUAGAAGAUAAUUGUACAAGUAAAUUUAUUAAAGUCCAAUUCUACCUUCAACCACAUUCCAGUGUUCCUUCUAAUUUGUUGAAGCAGGAUCGACAUAAAAAGCCUGAUAGACUAGUUGCAAAUGAUUUUAUCCAAUGUCGCAAAGUUGCCGAACAUAUCCUAGAUAAAUUCCUAGGUGAAGGAGGAUCAGGUUCACCAGGAGGUGACGCCGAACCGACCCCAAAUGCCACAAGUAAUAAUGGCACAACAGUUGACCAAAUUGAAUUGACUUGCAAUGAUCAAGUUUUGGAUCCUGCUAUGGAUUUGAGGACCGUUAAGCAUUUUAUUUGGAAGUCGUCUGCAGAUUUGACUUUGUACUACAAAUUGAUAAAUGCUAAGUGAUUUGUUUAUUAUUAUUUUUUUAUUAUUUAAAACUAUCCUAUAUAAAAGAAAGAAGAAAAAAAACUUUUGUACAAAAACGACUAUUAUCUUUGAUAUUUGAAAACUUUAUUAGGUAUUAAUUAUACUUGGUUAUUAGUGAUACAGUUC